CCUACGAAAUUAUCGAAUUUCGGAAUCGCUUUGAUAAUUUGCCGUCUCACCUAUAAAUCAACGGAUUGGUAACAUCGUAAAAUUGAACAUCUAUUUCGCCGUUGCCAGGGAGCGAGUGUGGCUCAGCACUCUAUUGCGUUUCAGGAUAAAUCAACCUGGUUUGGAGCGUCGGAUGAACAAAACAGAAAAAUGAAAACCUUUGAGGGCGUAUUCAUAAAUUUUCUGGUCAUGCCAACUUCUAAUGACAAGGUAUGGACUAUUAAUGGACAAACGAGCCUGUGAGCGGAAGGAUUAUAUCCCUUGAGACGCUGCUUGCCUGGUAGAAGUAGACGUCGGGGAUACGACGCUUGGAUCUCGUAGUUGUUGGAUGCAUGACAUUCAAACUAUGGAGGAUAUGGCAACUUUCCUCUAUGAAAGAUGGUUAAACCAUUUUUCUAAUAUCAUCAGAGAUCACCAAGUCCGGUUUGAUUUAUAUUGCCGCGAUUUGAGUGAUUUGAUUACUUGGCCGGUUCAAUGAAUGUGAUCUGUAUUUAGGUGGUGUAUUUCAUUAAGUUUUCAGGGAUUAUUAAAUCAAUUCUGAGAGUAACGUAAAGUGUGAUUACUUCGCAGGAUGAUAAAGGUGAGGCUUGGGAGCAGUGAUGGCGUAGCUGAUAGAUUCACCGUUGUUGUUUGACAGAAGGCUUCCAGCAUGGAAUAAAUCUUCAUGCUGUGAUUGGUUACGAGGCCGAGACAGUCACGGAGAAACAGAUUUCGACCCAUCAGACUGGACGAACAGAGGACAUUUCUGAAGGUUUCUCUCUCAGAUUGAGAGGUUGGUUGGCGCCGAUGUCAACAAAAUCAGGGUUGGAAUAGCAACGUUUUGUUCAGUUAAUCGACAAUAUACAAACGAAAACUCUGAAUAUUCUUGGGAAUUAUCAAAGGUAUAGAAUGGUCUAAACAUUCGGAUUAAGCUAGCUGUUAAUUGGCUGCUGUGGUUGCUAAAACUUGAGCAAUACAGGAUUUGCUCUGGCAAUAUCGAUCUAGCCGUUUUGAUAGAACAUGGAUUACAAACUGAAUAUUAACAUGGCUUGGUUCUUUCCGCAGACGACGAUGCUGUGGCUAUGGGUCCUGGCGUUCCUUCAUUGUUGUGUUUACGUCAUCUGCGAUUGUUCAUUAGGUGUACGGUACGGGUGCCAAUGCACCACCCAGACCGCCGUCACUUGUCUCCGGCCAAACUUCACAACAAUUCCAGAGGAUAUUGUGGAUACAAAAACACAAAUACAGGAAUUACGCAUUAAAAACGCCGACAUACAAAAACUAUCCGUGUUUCCCAAACGAUACUCUUCCCUACUGGUGCUCCGAGUUCAAAACAGCAAGGUUACAGCCAUCGAAAAAGGUGCUUUUAAAAAUCUCCCGUCUUUGAGAACGUUAGACUUGUGUGGGAACAAGUUGGACACCCUUAGCUUCGGGGCGUUCCAAGGACUGGAAAAGCUUUCCUCGAUAUUAGAUUUAUCUCAAAACCUAAUUAAUGUUCUGCAUGGCGAUAAUUUCAGCAACUUGAAAGCGUUGAGAGUUUUGAACAUUUCUUGUAAUAGAUUAACUGGAUUUCUCGGUUCACCCUUCCAACAUUUGGAGAGUUUAGAAACGCUGGAUGUGCGGAGUAAUAACAUUACACGCGGAAUUGGCAAGAUUUCCCUCAAAGGAUUAUAUCAGUUAGAAACCUUUCAUUUCUCUGAUAACGAGGCGCUUUACGUCUCGAGGAACGCUUUCACUGACUCCAACAGCACCAUCAAGGAGGUGUAUUUACAAGGAAAUAUGAUUCAGACCCUAUAUGCAACCACGUUACCAUGGAAACAGUUGCAUCGAAUAGAUCUCCGUCAGAAUCCGUGGAAAUGCGACUGUCGGUUACGUUGGGUCAAAGGUCAGCAAGGCAUACUAGACAACAACAGUCGGGACUUCACCUGUGCGAGUCCAGUCAGUCUAGCAGGAUUAGAAAUCGCCUCCAUCUCGGCGGAGAAGUUCUUCUGUCGGCGCGCCGUUCCCAGCCACAACGAAUCGGUGGCGGUCGGGAUCACCAUUGCCGUCAUCCUACUCCUGCUGCUUCUGUCAUGCAUGGUGUUCAUCAACAGGGACAAGCUGGCCUGCUGUAAGAGGAUCAGACAGACGAGGUACUCCCGGGCGAAUAGGUCCCGCGAGAGCCAAAUGGCCAUCUCUUAUAAUGAGCACCGCCCGGAUGAUGAGAAUGCGUUUCUCAGUUGAGGAGGAUUGCGGACGCUGUCUGAACAUCCGGUCUCAGCGGAAGAUGUUCGAGUAAUGACAUCGGCAACUAAGCACAUAUUCAAUUCAUACUUGGAGUAUAAUGAAUGUCUUUAUAGAGGUGACCGGAUGUCCACUAAUGAUGAUUGUCUUGUCUCUGUCUCUGACUGACUUUAAAUGGAUCUUGUUGCUCUGACUACAAAAGGGCUAGGUCUGACCAUAUGCAUCCGGAGAGAAUGAUCGCCACUGGGGCCCUUCUGAUCCGGGCUGAGGACCACUUUGAUGAUCGCCGCUCAGGCCCUCAUGUGACCCUCGCGUUAAUAGGUUCCAGCCGUGGUUCCAGGCAGCGGUUGACCAAGAUCAAAGAGCGCGUCAAAUCCCUGAGCUUUAUUUAGCUUGUGUAUUUGAGUAUAUUUACAAUAUAAACGGAACAUAUUUAGGAAUUGAUGAAUCUUUAAAUAUGCUGUCACCCGUUCCCUCGGAAUUAACCCUUUCUGAUUGGCCGGGAUCGUUUAGUGCGUUCGAUUUCUAGCGCCGCGCUUCGGUAAGCACUGGAUCUCGGGCCUUGAAGCGCAUGCCCAGUAUGAAUUGAGCCCGAACGCUCUGACAACGAAUUUGAGGGCUUCUUUCCAAAAUUACACUGUAGACAGAUUGAUCAAAUAAAGUAUUUUUAUGUAGA